AUGUCAGCAAAGAAGCUCCAAGUCGGCGUUGCCGGCCUCGGUCGCAUGGGCAAGCGACACGCCCUCAACUUCCACCAGAAUGUCCCCCGCGCGACCCUCGUAGCCGUCAGCUCCCCGGACGCUGCGGAGCGGCAAUGGGCCGCCGAGAACCUCGCCCCUCACGGCGUCACAGUCUACGAAUCCUACGACGACUUGCUCUCCCAUAAGGGACUAGAGGCGGUCUGCGUCGCGUCGGCGACAUCUGUACACGCGGAGCAGGCGAUCAAGGCCAUUGAGAAGGGAAAGCAUGUGCUUUGCGAGAAGCCGUUAGGCACAACGGUCGAGAUUUCACAAACCGUAGUCGACGCAGCAUCCAAACGCCCCGAACUCAAGGUAAUGUGCGGCUUCUCUCGCCGCUUCGACGCCUCCUACCGUGACGCCCACGCAAAGAUGCAACAAGGCCUCAUCGGCCGCCCCGCCGUGCUGCGCAGCCAGACUUGCGACGUACUCGAUCCCUCUGGCUUCUUCGUCGCCUAUGCAGAGUUUUCGGGCGGCAUCUUUGUUGACUGCAGCAUCCAUGACAUUGACCUCGCCCUCUGGUUCUUUGACGAGGAGAAGAGCAAAGUCAAGUCUGUUCACGCCGUGGGCAUCACGGCCGUCGAGCCCGAUUUGCGAAAACAUAAUGACCGUGAUAACGCCGUGGGCACGGUCGAGUUCUACGAUGGCAGGAUCGCAUACUUGUAUGCGUCACGUAUGAUGGCCGCGGGCCAGGAGGACUCGACAGAGAUCAUCGGGACCAAGGGCAAGUUAUCGGUGAACAUUGUGCCGGCGGAGAACCACGUACGGAUCUAUCAGCCGGGAGGCAUCCGCCAGGAGCUGCCACAGACGUACUGGGGCCGCUUCAAAGCUGCGUUCACGACCGAGGCAAUUGAGUUCACAGAUAGCGUUUUGGAGGAUAAGCCGGUGCCGGUCAAGUUGACGUCUGCGGUUGCAGCAGUUAAAAUUGGUGCUGCGCUCCAAGAGUCCAUGGUCAAAGGCACUAAGAUAUGGUUUGACGAGCAAGGGAAUCGUACAGAGAGAGCUCAAUUAUAA